AAUAUCCUCAGUUGGAAGAGACCCUCAAGGAUCAUUGAAUCCAACUCCUAGCCCUGCACAGGACACCCCCAGGAAUCCCUCCAUGCUCCUGGUUGUUAAAUCACAGCCCACAGCCUGAUUUUCAACACAACCCAACCUCAGCUCCAGCUCCACAGACCCCCCCAUUGCUUCCUGCCCUCUCCAUGCUCCCAGGGUCCAGCUGCAAGAGCAGCUCUGGGAUAGAUCCCGGGUAAGGGAGCCCAGGAGAAGGGGAGCAGUCCUUCCCAGCACUGCUGGAGGCUGCUCUACGACCUCCCCAGGGCGGCGAGCGCUGCAUUCCCCGGCUCUAAUAGAAGGGGCAGGAUCUGAUGUUCCCUCAGCUGGAACACAGCAGGAAAAAAGCAUCAGAUUUCCCGGGACCUUGAUCCCAUCCCCUUCAGCAGCUGAUCCUGUGGCCCCCCUGCCUCCUGGUAUAUAAAUGUUGUCCCAGGUCACCCUCAGGGACACAGCAGGAGGUGGGCACUGAGGACGCUGCAGGCAGCAUCGCUCCUGGGAGGCUCCAUGAUGUGGGAACUGCGCUCCAUCGCCUUCACCAAGGCUGUCUUGGCGGAAUUCCUGGCCACUUUGGUCUUCGUCCUCUUCGGCCUCGGCUCGGCCCUGAACUGGCCCUCGGCGCCGGCCCCAAGCACCCUGCAGAUCGCGCUGGCCUUCGGGCUGGCCAUCGGGACGCUGGUGCAGGCCCUGGGCCACGUCAGCGGCGCGCACAUCAACCCCGCCGUGACCCUGGGCUGCCUGCUGGGCUCGCAGCUCUCCCUGCUCCGCGGCCUGUUCUACGUGGUGGCCCAGCUGCUGGGCGGCGUGGUGGGCGCCGCCAUCCUGCACGAGGUCACCCCGGCCAGCGCCCGCGAGGGCCUGGCCCUCAACAAGCUGAACAAUGAGACCACGACGGGGCAGGCGGUGACGGUGGAGCUGUUCCUCACCUUCCAACUGGUCCUGUGCGUCUUUGCUUCCACAGACGAGCGGCGUGAGGACAACCUGGGCUCCCCUGCCCUCUCCAUUGGCCUCUCUGUGGCCGUGGGGCACCUCCUUGGGAUCCGUUACACCGGCUGCUCCAUGAACCCCGCCAGGUCCUUCGCCCCCGCUGUCGUCGUUGGAGACUUCAGCGACCACUGGGUGUUCUGGGUGGGCCCCCUGAUUGGGGCUGCAGCAGCUUCCAUCCUCUACAACUACGUGCUGUUCCCGCAGGCCAAAACCCUCUCGGAGCGCUUGGCCAUCCUCAAGGGCUGCGAGCCCGAGCAGGACUGGGCCGAGCGCGAGGCCCGGCGGCGCCAGUCCGUGGAGCUGCACUCCCCCCAGACCCUGCCCAGGGGGAUGUCUGAGAAGGCGUAGCCAAACCUCUCCCUGGGCCGAGAGAGGAGCUGGAAACCUCUGGCGUGGUUUUAGUGCUCGUCCAGAGGAGCAUCUCACCUCUCCCCUCUCUCCCUGCGUUUCUCCUGGGGCACUGAAGUUGACUCCUCUCCCGGGGAGAUGCUGUGCUGGUCCCACCCACCUCCUGUCCCCAGCUCUCCCCAUGCCCGGGGGGUUUCUGACCUGGGGAGAGCCAGUAAAUCCCAACCCCGCAGGAACGAGGGAUCUCCCCAGGAUGCCCUCUUCCUCGUCCCCCUCGCAGGACACGGAGCUUGGCUGGGGCUGUUCCUUCCUGGAGAGCUCCAAGGAGCCUGAAGAGUGUUCAUUACGCUGGGUGUGGAGGUUGCCACCUGAUGUCUCAUUGCUGCUGCACU